GUUUUUGACAGGCAUGUCGUCGUACAACGAGCGCAGUCGCGAGCUCGACCGCUUCAGCGCCCACCGAUAUCACAGCGACGAGGACCCAGACUCGUUCGACGCAUUGAUCCGUCGGCGAGAGAGCGGCAUCGUCGAGAAGCCGCAGCCAGCAGAAGGCCCGAAGCACGCUUUGAAAGCUCCUCGCUCGGGCGGUCCUGGAGCCGUGCGCCCGAAUCCCAGCUCGAGUCGUGGGAAGCACCAUUCGUCAGGCUCCAUGUACACGUCAUCGUCGUCGUCGUCGUCGGCGGCGGCGUCCUCGUCGACUGGGUCGUACACUCAGCACAGCAGGCACGAUCCACGCUUUCAAGAUGGCCGUCGAGCGCCAUCAUCAUCAUCAGACCACAAGGCAUGGCAACCACAAGCGCAACCAGCACAGCAACAGGAUCGGUACUACCACCCCUCAGAAGUAGCAGCUCAAGGACAAGGACAAGGACAAGGACAAGGUCAAGAUCAAGCUCAACCGCACGCAAGGCUUCCAUUGAUCGAGUACUACGCGCCUGAACCACAAGCCAGCUCCAAUCCAUACUAUCAAGGCAUGUCUGCACAACUGCAAGGGCAGCAGUCGUACCAGAAUCUGCCGUACGAGCACGGCUAUGCGCAGCCACCGCCUUCCUGGUCUGAGGAGACAUUCAUCCCGCUCCCGUUCUUGAGUGUCGCGUCAAGUGCCACCGCACAAGCGCCAGAUGAGCAGGCUGCGGCUCUUCUACAGUUUCCAAUGUCCCAAGCCCAGCAGCAACCACAGCAGGAUUGGCAGCGCUAUCAUGACGGCACCGACCAACUCUCAGCCGCGGCAAAUGGAGCGCCACAGCUUUUCAGCGCACCUUAUUCUGAGCCUCAUCCGUCGGACGUACAGUCCGAGCUGCAGCGCCUGGACGAAUUGGAAGCACAGCUGGCGACACGACGGCAACAACUCCGCCUGCAGGCCUUGCAACAGCCGCUCGCUUCACAAUCACAACACGAACCACACCCAACAUUGGUAGCAUCACAACAGCUACAACAACAGCAUCAGCUACAACAACCACAACAACAUCAGCACCAACAACAUCAGCUCCAACAACAACAGCAACAACACCAACCAUUCGCUGCAGUACAACACUUAUCACAACCGCAACACAACCAGCAGCUGUUUGCUCUCCAAGAACAGACGACGGUGGCACAGCAGCCAUAUGCAUCGCAUCAUCCACUUCAAAAUCAACAACACCAGGGUUUCACAUCAUUCCGAGAGCCAUUCCUCCAAUACUCUGAUCUUCAUCCUAGUCAACCGUUUGGACACGCCAGUCGCGAGCCGAGUCGAAGCGCCAGCCCGUUGCCAACCUUUGUGGUGCAGCCAAGCGAUCAAAGCUCUGCGUUGAGUACCGCGGAAGCGCCAAAGCCGAUCAAACACGCAAAGCGGCCACUAGCGCACUCGUUUUUUGAGCAGGACCUCUCAGCUGUUGCUGCUGCGACUCCUGUCCAGGCUUCAACGACCAAUCGUCGACCUCUACUCUCGUUCGCGCGCCGCUCUCCGUUCCAGCCAGGCCUUCCCAGCGAGCGCAUGGAUGACGCGAUGGAAUUGGAUUCUGAUCGAGACCAGAGCGACGCGUCGUCGCUUUCUGCGGCUGACCGGAUGCGCAUGCUCAGGCAGCGCGCUUUGGAAGCCAAGCGAGCGUUGAAGACAACACGCGAGCAGCGCGUUACAUCUCCCCACGAGUUGCCGGUCGUCGAGGUCCCGCCCGUCAGCGUCUUGCCGAAAAACCAAUCCUCGUCUGGCGGUCCCACGAUCGCCAGCUCUUCUGGACAGGAAACAAUCCCCGUUCCCGCCAACCUCGUGGCAGAUGCUGCACUGCACCAGUUGACAUCGCGGGAGCCCACCCCAGUUCCAGGAAAGCCGACACAGGACAACCUGGUGUUGGUCUUGUCCGACAGCGACGACGAAUCCAGCUCCAGCGAUGAGGCAACUGACAGCUACCAACGCUUUGCAGUCGAUCACGGUCGCAAGCGCAUGGAAGUUUUCAAGGCCAACAUGGCUCGGGCAGCCCAAAGUUCCCCGCAACCGUUCAGUGGUAGUGCAUUCGUUUCGCAGCCAGCAGUUGCUCCAUCUUCGUCUCAACCUCCUUUUGUCGUGUCGAGUACACGCACUCAUCAGCCCGGCGCUCUGUCGCAACAAGGCCCGGCUGGUCUGCUGAAGCGAGUCACGACUGCGAAUGUGUUGGCGCGCACAGAUUCGGGACUUCAGCAAGCAGCAACUUCCGACCUCGUUACCAGCCUUCCUCUUGAAAAGCAAGCCGAGUACAUGCGUCUCAAAGAAAUUCUUGCAAAACGGCAGACAUCCAGCCCUGUAACUCCUUUGGCUUCGGGCACUUUGCUCGCCUCCACUGAACCGCCAGCGACAGUGACCGUGUCCGCGUUGCCUCGAGCACCGUCAUUGGCACCAUCCGUGCCAGCAACGACCAAGAACACUUCUUCUCAGAUCGCAGUGUCUCCAGCAACCAACUUGGCCGUCAAUGUGGCACAGCCAUCACUACCAGCAGGAGCACCAGCAGUCGCCAGCGGCGCCUCCAGCAGCGCUCAAAGCACUGCUGAUGAAGUAAUUUCCACUCUCGCACACCAAGUGAGCCAGUCGGAGACGAAAGUGAAGGUUCUUCGAGCACACAUUGCAGAUGAACGGACACGCUUGAACACCACAGUAGCACAGCGCGACGAUGCAGCCGAGGUCUGCAUUCGGCAAGAACAACGGAUGGCGGAGCUGAAGAGGGAGCUCCUUUCGCUCGACAAGACGCUGGUUGCUUCUCACCAGACACGUCGAAACCUGGACAAGGCUGUCGCGGAAGCUGAACAAGAACUUGUCAAAAAAGAAUCAGAGUUAACUGCCAUCGAGCGCCAAAUUGCAGACUCCAGACGACAACUGAAGCUCUUCGAGGCAUCACGCCAGCGCAUGCUGCACGAGAAGACCAGCACGAUCGAGCAGCAAAUUCGCACUCUUCGUCGUCACGUUGAAGUUCAGGAACAAAAGCAACUGCAGCAACAGCAACAGCAGCAGCAACAGCAGCAACGUGAGCAACUACAGCAGCAGCUGCAACCCGAGCAAGACAGCCUCAAAGACCCACUGAACUCCGAGCCACUUCAAGCAGCUGAAGGUGAUGCCGAGGAGGCUGAUCAAGCUGCUGCAGAUCAACAAGAACAAGCAGACCAAGCAGACCUUCAACCGACACCCAUGUCCAUCGAGUCGCGUCAAACACUUGUUGAGAAUGGAAGGCCAAUCGCCUCGUUUCCCUCUUCGACAGUGCAACCACAAAUCUCAAACUCCUUGCAAGAAGAACAGCCUGCGUCAGCAGAUUUUUGGUUGGUCGUCGCACCACCCCGCGCGAGCCAGUCGAGUUCAUCGAGCGCACUGUCUGCGAAUGUCGGUGCAAUCCUUGACACGGCCGAGCUACACAAGCGGCAGAGACUCUUGAAAACGUUCGCUGGCGUUGUGCGCUCGUAUGGGUUGCGAUUCGAUCGUCUGGCGAUUUCUGCAUCGUUUGCUGCAAUCGCCAACGCCGUCCUUCCCUCUACGGUGGAUGUAGUUUGUGACAACAGUGCGACAGCAGUCGUAGGCAGCAACGUGGACGCCACCAGCGACACGUCUCAAGCCCCUCACGCCAAACCAAUGGCACAGGAACCUCAGCCUCAAAUUCGCAAAACACGGGCAGUCGCCGACACGGCUUUGCUGAAGCGAGGAAUGCAACAGCGCUGCAUUUUGUUGGAUGCAUUCAGUGCUGUCGUGCAGUCGAAUCCCAGCGAUGCCACUCGCGCGGCCAAUCUCCAGCACUCUAAUGCAACGAAGCGACCGCGCGUGUACGAGCCGUACGAAAGUCCCUUGCUCCAAUUCCGCUCGUACCGUCUCAGCCCCUUCUACCGAACGCAGGCUCACCGCACCCUUACAUCAUUGACACACUCGAGUAAUCUCGACAUGAUGCGUCCACUGUGUCAUUUCGAUCUGCUGGGGACCUGCAACGAUGAAAAGUGCGCCUUCCAGCAUCUCCGAUCACUGAAGCAAGAUGACGAAGCCAUUUAUCAAAAUCUCGCUGCGUACGCCAUCAAAGAAUCGCUUGACAGCGUGGACAAGAAUAGGAAUGUACUCCUCGCGCGCGGAGUACCGCCUCCAGCAUUUUCGACGAGGACUGAUCAAAAGGUUGCACUGCAACUUCGGGCGCACCUGCUUGAACGGCGCGCAGAGUUUGCCAGCAACGGCGUUUCACUCGAGGACGCUUCGUUGAUGCUAAUCAUGGCGGUGAAUCAACACAACAAGCGCCGUGGCUUUGGACCCCCUUCUGUUGUCUCACCCAUGACGAUCAGGGCUGGUGUUCCCAACGUGAAUGCACCCGACGACGAGCAGUCAGAUUCCAAGCACACCAGCGCCAAGACCGGCAACACCUUGACCAGCAGCACCUCGACCAGCAGCACAUCGACCGGCAGCACCUCUGCAGCUUCAAGCUCUGGGGUGCUUGAUCUGGGUCGUGUCGCGGAAGCCAUCAGCCCCCGACGGCCUUUGCUCUCCCUGCAGGCUCUUGAUGAGCAAGGUCAAGCAAGCCAGCCUGGCGAUCCUUCUGCCAUCUCAAGCUCUUGGGCGGGUAGUGAGAUUUCGACCAAGUCCACGGUCCGCUACCACCAACCAGGGGCGGCUCAAAGCCGCCAAGACCUUGAGCAGCAACUCGAUGCCGACCCACACAACGAGGAUGCGUGGCUAGCUCUGGCCUGCCAAUUGAUGGAGCCAUUCCCCUCCGCAAAUCCUGCAAACAUUGCGCCUGACGCUGCUAGGCUGCCCGUCCCGAAUUACCAGGCCGCUCUCAGCGCGCUGUCAACCGCACUCGAGUCGCAGCAGGCCAGUUCGACGCUGUGGACUGUGUAUCUGGAUUUGUUUCAUCGCCAGGCUGUGCUCGCCGGCACUCAGAAGGACGGUGCGCACGUUGACGAAAUGCGGGAAAUGUAUGCUACGGCAGUCACCCUGGUGCCACAGCCCUUCCCAUUGUUUUGGCACUGGCUGGAUUUCGAGUCGACGCGCGCCGGCAAAUCGAGUGUUUUGCUCGCCAUUGUGAAGCACUGCGUGGAAGCUUUGACCUCGUUCUCGAGCAUUGGGAAUCGAGCGAGUGCGACGCCUGCGCUUGCUUCCGCUUAUCGUGUGUGGCUGCUUGAUUCACUCCUGUCUAUCGUGCAGCUGUUUGUUCUUGCGGGCAACCUUGCUCAAGCCUGCCAGGUGCUCGAGGCGUGUUUGGCGCUUGAGCUCCAAACGAGGGCGGAUUGGGUGGAUCCAGACUUGUUCAUUCGCGCUACCGAGCUUGUCGGAGUUGGGUGCAAGAGUGUUCUUUGGCUUUCUUACCUCCAUUUGCUCGCCCACCACACGCUGCCCGUCAACUUGUUUGACAUGCGAGACUGUGGCUUGGGUCGACUGGUAAUGGAUGCCAGGACAAUCACCAUUGCCUGGGAUUCGAGCGUGCGCUUGUCGCCUUCUUUGUCGAGUGCGCAAGCCGCCCCGCCCGUGUCUCCAGUGUCCAUUGCUCCCGUUUCUGUGACUCAACUGGCACAGCUUUUUGGGCAAGCACAAGCGCAAUUGUUCGCGCAAAACCCCAUUCCGCCCUCGAAUCGCGAUGCGCCGUUUGCGUGCGCUCUCGAGAGCUUCAUCAUCAAUCAAGUUCGAUUUAACGCAGCGUUUAUUAGUGCGCAGUCGGCCAUUCAAACCGCCGAGGACUACGUUUCCAUGGGUUGGUUGGCCGUCGAUUUGCGUUGCCUGUGCGCUUCCAUUCAUGCUUCGGACCAGGUUUCCGGCUCGCAGCUGCUCUGUGAAAUGGCUGCGUCUACAGUAGUAAACGAAGCACACUCUGCCAUGGCUCUCUGGUAUCGCGCCGCACGGUUCCAGCUCGACGGAAACGGCACAGCUGCCUCCCGGCAGAUUGCGCUCAACUGUCUGAUCCGUGGUGCGCUCCAACCGUUUGAUCUCAGUGGCAUCUUCGAUGGCCAGUUUAGUAGCCUUGCCCGCAGUGUAGAUGGCAUUGAUGCACAGCCGUCUCGCGCGUUGAUGCUACUUGCCUUUGCUCUCCUCUCGCAGCUGGCGCGCCGACCUCUCCCCUACCACUUUGUCGUGCCUCCGCUGCUCGUUCCUGAUCUGCGCAUGGAUGGAUUUGCCAUCACUCAUCUCUCGCUUGCGCUGUUUCUCCAGCUUUGCGUGGCGUGUCGAAACGUUAGUCCCAAUGCCCCACCACUUGCAACAUCGAGUGAGGAGGAAGCAGCGGAUGCUUCGCUCGCGGACACAGAGGCGCACCUGUUGCGCGCUUUUGAAAACGAGUACCACCCUUGUCUGCCAUUCACCGAUGAUGCUCGUCAGCAACUGACCAAUGAGCUGCUCGGCGUGUUUGAACGAGGGCUCUUGGCAUGUGCUCUUUCAAGGCGCGACACCAUGCAGCUGUGGUCUGACUUUGUAUCUACGAUGGCGUCAGAGGUGUCUGCCAUUGUGACUGCUGAAGGAAUGGCGUCGAAUGAAGCCAAGCAGGCGAUGCGGCGUCUGACUCUGCUGAUUCAUCGAUGCACUGCCAGCGCAGAGUCGUCCCGACCAAAGUAUUGGCGCAAUGGUCAAUUUUCCAUGUGUCGGACCGAGGACGCUGUGCUGUUUGCAGAGCGGGUUGCUUCUGGCGCUGAAGACCCCAUUACUACCCAGCAGUCACAACUUGAUGCUCUAGAGCUCAUUCCUGCGUUGCUCCCAUCCUCGGCUGCUGGCGACGAGUUCCUGCAUCAAUCAAGCAAGCAUCUUACCCACAACGUUUUGCUUGCGUUGCGACUCGCUGCCAAAAGCCCGCAACAAUUCCGCUUGACAAGAUUUUUGCUUGCCAGCCCUCAAUGCGAAGCUCUCUGGAAUGCCGCGACGGCCCUGUCUCGAGUAGCCGCGUCACCCGAUUCUCCCGCAACCAAGCAGCUCGCGGCGACUCUGGCUGUGUUGCUGUACAGCGUGCGCGCCCUACCGCUGCACGCAAAUCGGUGGAAACAUCUUGCUGCGUUCCUGUCCAUCCAUUCUGCUCAGCUUACUGCGGACGGCGUUCUGCAUCCCAAGGGCUCUGUUCCAUCGGCUCCAGCAGCCAGCCCCACCGAGGCGAUUAUCCAGGCCAACCAAAGCAUCUUGGUCUCGCAACACGCGCUUGUGAACAUGGCCCAACAAUUCGGCGUGGAACUAGCAGGCAUCAUCGAGGUCGCUCGAGCCAUCAACAAAAUCUAAAGGCAACUGGAACUGGAAAAUCGUCAGGGGGGGUGGAAAUUGAAGUGAAAAUGGUCGGGGAGGUCAAGUGAACAAGCAACGAGAAAGACAAGGUGGUGGUUGUGGUGGUGGUGGUGGCGAUGAGAAGCAAGGGUGAACAAGUACUGCAUGGCCAUGCCGCAAGUCAACCGACCCUGGGUUGUCAAUCUAUCUUUGGCUUAUCUCGCCGCUCGAGCUUUCCAAGAAGUUCAAGGCUCGUUGGAUAAAUCUCGAUGAGUACAAGCACCAUGUUGUUUGGUAUGCACGCGUUGGGGCGCGAGAUGGACAAAAGUAGCCGAGUCAAGAGUACCAGGUUACCCUCCCAAAGCCGCUGGCUACGACCUUACAACACUGGUCUUGGUAUGUGGACCAGUGUUGUCAGAUGAGCAAGUAGAUCUACAGUAGUGCAUCUGUUCUUUUCCUGAUGUUUUGUCCUGCAUAAUCGAAAUUCUUCGUUCAACACU